AAUUGCUCGAAAAGCGACUAGCAGCGGCGAGAUGAGCAAGCCAGCUGACGCCCGCGUUUCUCGCGCUGCUCCGUCGGCCGUCGGACGAAGGCCUCGCCGCGCAACCGCAACCGCGCAGGUUCGUCGACCUUCUCUCCCUCUCUCCUCCUCCUGCACGCGCGCGCCUCUUCAACCUGCGCCUUUCUUCUCCUCUACGCUCACCUCAGUGACAGCCUCGCAUACUCAUCUCUGCCACGUCUCAUAAGCGAUGAAGGUGGCCGUCGUGGGAGGAGGGCCCUCGGGCCUCGUGGCAGCCAAGACGCUCCUCGACUUUGGUCAUGAUGUCGUCCUGCUCGAGCGCGAGGCCUGCAUGGGCGGCGUAUGGAGCCGUUUCCGAGGCUAUCCACUCCUCCGUCUGCUCAACACCAAGCAUUCCUUCCGCUUCUCGACGCUGGGUAUGCCGCGCAACUUUGACCUCUUUCCAACCAAGGGUCAGGUGAGCCACUACCUCGACAUGUACAUCGCCCAGCACAACCUCGCAAGCAUCAUGCGCCUCGCCACAGCCGUCACUUGCAUGCGCCCGAGGAAUGAUAGCGGCGGCAGUGCGGGAUGGAUAUUGACGCUGAAUGGAGGCCGUCAGGAGAGCUUCGACCAUGUCGUCGUCUGCACGGGAUCCUGCUCCAAACCCUGCGUACCCGAGAUCAAGGGAAGAGAAGCGUUUGAGGCAGCAGGUGGCCUCUGCCUCCAUUCGAACCAGCUCCUCGACCGUUCUCUUUUGCAAGGCAGGCGCGUCGUCGUCGUUGGCUUCGGCCAGAGCGCACUCGAAGUGGCCAGCCUCGCUGCUGCCGCGGGCGCAUCGCGCACCACCCUCGUCGCCCGUCGCGUCACCUGGAAGCUGCCGUCCACUUUGCUCGGCCUCGUCUCCCUCGACCGCCUCCUCGUCAACCGCUUCGGCGAGGCUCUAUUGUCGAUGGGACGGGCACCGACCUGGUCGUGGAAGCGCGCCCUUCGCGCGGUGCUGCUCUCGCUCGUCGAGCUCAGUGCCAGGUGCGAGUUCAAGCUGGGAAGCAACAACCUCCUGCCAAAGUACGACCUUGCCACGGCCAUUGAUCACCACGAUGUGCGUGAUCUGUAUGCGGGCAGGGCGAGCCACGAGGCCAAGCAGAUGUUCUUCGACCUCGUCGACCAGGGCGCCGUCUCCAUCGUGCGCGACGCUACCAUCCGCGUGCUCAAGGCUGACCGUAGCGUGCUGUUGUCCAACGGCAGCACCCGCGGCUUGUCUGCCGACGUCGUCAUCUUUGCCACGGGCUAUCAAAGGGGCCUCCCCGACUUUGUGCCGGCCCACGUCAGGACAGAGUGCGCGCUGCUGUAUCGCGGCAUCCUCCCUUCUGGCCCUUCUGCCCCCGACGGCCUCACCUUUAUCGGGCUGCAGACGCACACGCACACGCAGGCACACGCACGUACGCGCUUCACAGCAAUGACGCUCCUCGUCGCUGAGCUGUCAGCCCUCUGGAUCGCGCGCCACCUCGAAGGCCGUAUCUUCCUGCCAGCCUCGUGCGACUGCGACGAGAGCACACAGGCGCAUGCAAAAACGCCCCUCGCGCACAUUGAUGCGCUCCUGUCGGACCUUGGUGCCGAGCUCGGCUGGUUCGCGCGCACCGUGCGCCAGGGCCUCGGCGUUGUCGCGGAUGAUCCUGCGCUGUACGACGGCGUCUGGGAUCGCGUUGCGCAGAUCCGCGCGGCUGAGAUCCAGACGGGCAAGCUCAUGCUGCCGGCGGCUGCUGCUGGGAAGGCACACGAAGAGAGCGACACCGUCGGAGGGCCGCUCGAGGGAGCGCAAUCGAGCAGCGAGCAGGUCAGUGCCGACGGAGAAGAGUUGGCGAUGCCGGGCGCACUCUCGCUGGACCCUGCCCACCCCGACGCAGAGGAGAAAGAGGCAGAGGAGGUCAAGGAAGAGGAGGAGGAGGAGGAGAAGAAGGAGAAGGAAGAGGAAGGAGAAGAGACGGGUGACGAGGACGAGACUGUCCAAGGGGAUGAUGUUGCUCCACCCAAAGAGGCAGUGCCGGAAGAAGACAAGGGCAUCAAGGGAACGCAGCAGGCCAACGAAGGACACGAGGAACAGGCAGAGUCUGUCGAGGAAGAUAAGGAGAAUGUUGUCCGAGGAGAAGAAGGAGAGGGAGACUCGGCAAAGGGCAAAGACGCAGAGAGCAGCGAUGAGGAAGAGGCCAAAGUCGAGGGCGUGCAGGAAGUCGAAGCAGAGAAGGCAGGCGAAGAAGUCGAUGACAAGGAAGAGGAAGUUGAGGAGAAGGAGGACGAACAGAUCGACGAGUCAUGCGCCACGAUCAGCGAAGUGGGCGAGACGGGCAAGAAGACAGACGACACAGUUGUGGAGAAGGAAUUGGACGAUGCCACUGUGGAGCAAGAGGCGGGAAGAGGAGAGGACUACGCAGAACACAAGGGACUCGACGCCAUCAAAAGAGCCUUGAGCUUGCUGCAGAGCAAGGGCAAGUCCGACUCCUCGUCGCUCGAACGAAAGAGGCCUCCGAGCGUCAUCUCGCUCUCAAAGUGCAAGAUCAUGUCGCACAUGCCCACCACCAUGACCACAAUGAUGGGCAGUGCAAGUAAGGGCCACCGUCCUAUCCCAGCAAAGGCGGUGAGGCGGCAGCCCUCGCCCGCUCCCGUCGCCAGGCACGCCCGGAUCCAGGACCCACUCGGCGUCCGUCUGCUGUGGAAGCGUCCCAAGCAGCCACCUUCUACCUCUUCGUCUUUCUCGGCGUCUGUGCAAAACGACCAAUUUCCCUUUUCACCUCCUCUCUCGCGCUCCUCCUUCAGCUCGAGCGCAGCGCCAAGCCUGGCAUCGUCUCCGUCGUCAUUUACCGUCUCCGUCUCGAGUGGCGAUCGAUCGCCUCGAGUGAGGACUCCCUCCUUGCUCGACCGCCUCGACGACUGCUCGACUGCCGUGGAGAUCAAGGCCAUCUUUGACAAGCAGCAGCAGCAUCAAGCGGCCAAUGUCUCCCACGUCGGAUGCCCCCUUGUCAAGCCGAUUGCCCGCCGUGGCCCCCUGACGACGCCUCCUCAGCAGCAGCACCCGCCUGCCCUCAUCCGCAUCACCUCCCAGGGGCUGCUCGAGGUCGUCGACUCAGACUGAGGCCAUGUGGUGGAUUGCUUUUAUGUCUAUUGUACAGCGAUGUGAAGGAUGACAACACCA